AGCGUUCAAAAUUAACUGACAGUUUCAGUGAAGUGGCUAGCAAUGUUCAUUUCAAAACCUCACAGAAAAAUCGUGGCGUUUAUGUGUCAAGCGUGUUUUACUUUCCGGUUUAUUGGCGAUAAAAAUUGAAAUCAUGUGAUACCAAGAAUAGGUUUGUAAAUGAUUAUCAACGGGCCCAUAUCAGUUAGAUAUAUAUACAUUAGCGUUUUGUAGUGUUGGUUUAAUAUCAUCAUUAAUUAACACAUUUGCAUCCUUCUGGAGUUUCUAGAUUAAGGAAUACUGCCCGGCAUGUAAUAUUUUACUGACAGCUCGAUCGCAAAUUAUUUCAAGACCAAUAUUAGCUGGAAGUAUCAAACUUUAUAAUGUCGUUCGAUAAUUUCCGGUUGCUAUUCCUGUGCUAUCGGCAGUUUACAAAAACGAAAAGUAUUUUCCAUGCCUAUGCCCCCUGACCCUGUUUUUUUUUAAAUUUCAGUUCAAAAAUGAAUUUAAAUAAUAUGUUGAUAAACAAUAUAAGCGUGGCUCUGAUGUAACAAAUAUUUAUCAAGAGGAAAACAAACAUGGUUUCAGUUGUCGGCAUUUUUUGUGCUCUUCUCUCUGCUCUGCUAUAUUCUAUCAUGUUGAUAUUUGUAAAGAUGAUUGAUUUGCAUCCGGUACAAAUAAGCCUAUCUCGCUGUGCAGUACAAUUUUUGACAAUCUUACCAUACGCACAGUAUAAACAUAAUGAAGUGGAUAUAACGGGACCGAUGGGACUAAAACUUCUACUGUGUAUUAGAGGAUUACUGGGUUCAUCGGGAAUGAUGUUCAUAUACUUAGCAGUUGACAAGCUUCCCGCAGGAAACGCAAUUACCAUUUCCUAUCUUCGCAUGGUCAUGGUGCCAUUUCUGGCACGAAUUCUGUUAAAGGAGAGUUUAUCUAUCUAUGAGAUUAUUUUUGCUUUUGUUGCUCUCGUGGGCGUUGUUCUCAUCGCCAGACCAACAUUUUUAUUUCCUAUAAGCUACGAGGAGGAAGCAGCGAGUUUGUCGGGAAUCAUUUUCGCAUUGUUGUCAGCGCUAUGCAUGGCUUUGUCGACCAUCGCUGUUAGCAAACUUGGACGAAAAACCCAUCCGGCUCUUCACAUCAUAUAUUAUAGUUUUUGGGGUGUAAUUAUGUGUCUCAUAAUUUUGACUGCAGGUGGAGACAUGAAAUACUCAUGCAUGAACGAUUUACCUAUGUUGUUUUCCUUUGGAAUAAUUGGAAAUUUGGGACAGUUUCUUAUCACUAUUGCCCUGCAAAGAGAGCGAGCAGGACUUGUCGUUGUUCUUCAUUCAACUCAGAUUGUUUUCGUAUACAUUAUGCAGGUUGCAUUUCUUGGUGAUGUUCCUUCAUAUUUAAGUUUGAUUGGCGCUGCUCUCAUCUUCUCGACUAGCAUCGCCAUAUGGGUCAGAAAAGUAAUAAAUGGAAAAAGAGAACUUGCGAAUACAUAAAAAGUUUAAGCUUUUUUAUCUUUGUCGAUUUUUUUAAAAGGUCCUCUUUCAAAAAAAGACUUCGUAAAAUAUACCAGCACAUUUCUCAUGCUAUGAACAAUCUGUUCCCGCUUCAUGUAUUCGCCUACCACGAGCGAUAGAAAUUUUAUGCAUAACUAUGCGCAAACAACAUGUAGAGCAGGUGUCGGCAAACUACGGCCCGCGGGCCAGAUCCGGUCUGCGGAGUAACGUAAUCUGGCCCGCGACGCUUCACUGAAUUAUAGUAAGGAAACAGCUGUUUUGCCGAAUAUAUUCUUUUACGUAACAGAAUUUAUUGUGAGACAAGUGUAGACUAAAUUAUAAUAUAACAAGUAUAAAAUUAACAAUUACUCGUUUAAUGAGCCCAUAAUUUAAUUAUAUUUAG